AUGGGAACUAGUAAAUAUGGAUUACGAAUGGAGUUAAUGAAAAGUAAAUAUAAUAAAACAUGUUCACCACCGGGAGCUACCCGGACAUGUGGACAAUUCACUGCAAGUGAUCAAUUUGCUAAAAAGUCCCUAGACGAGUGGAAACUAAUGGUUUCCUCGGGAAGGCGCGAAAUAUGCGAAGCUGGAGAACUAGGAUUUGUUGUGAGUCUUGAUGGUCCUGUUCGUUGA